AUGCCGUUGGCACAGAGGGGGACAGCCGCCUUUGGCCGCAUGCUGCGUUGGCUACUGCUGCUCUUCGUCGCCGACACCAACGCGUUCUCGACGCUACCACCGCCGACGAGCAAGAUCCCGAACCCUUGCUAUCCGCCCGGCGCGCCGGUUGGAAACCAGAUUUACAAAGGCUACACGUCCGCAAACUGCGAAUAUGACAACGGCUCGCCGAAAAAUCUCCCAUUCGACGAGGUCGCAACCGGCAACUUCAGCCAGUGCCUGAUGCUCGCCAAACAGGCGUGGCUUCUGUCUCUCUCACGUGUCUCUCUUGUUGUCGACCUGAGCUUCGUUUGUUUGCAGCAGUCCUGUGAGGUGGGCAUCUCGGGAGGCUACCACGCCGCCCGUCCAAGCGCCUUCUACACCGGCUCCCUGAAGUAUCUUGAGCCAUUCUACUCCGCCACCAAGCAUGGAGGAUGGACCGGAACAGUGAAGGAUGCGAAGGAGGAGCUCGAGAAGACAGGCCAUCAGGAAUGCUCCAAGACCAGCCACCGCAGGCUCGACUCCUCAGUCUUCGAGGAACUUGCUGAGCUCGACGACUUCAAGGCGAUGCAGUCUGGAGCGGCCGGUACUGACCCCGUCCCUCCCUCCCCCGGCUACGCGUUUCUGAACUGCUGGGCAACUGCCUACUUCACCGUUCUCCUCGAUACGUGGCUCGGCGACGAAACAACGAUCGUCGUCUUCGAUGACUACGUCAAAAACACAAGCGUCGAAUGGCGGGACGCAGCAAUGGCUGGGCGCGUCGACAACGGCGCCGCUGGCAGCCCGGCCGUCGUGGUUGACUGUGGCAGCAGCGGCUCGCGUCCAACCAUCUUCAACACGACAGCGGGCGCCUGGCCGAUCGCCAUCGAUGUCGACGAUGCCAUCUUGUCGAAGAAGACGCCGGGCAUCUCCACGCAGGCCACGACCUGCAACAGGACGCUCAAGGCUUGCUAUGAGGACUACUUCAAAGACAUGAUCCCCCAGCUCAAAUCCGAGCUCCCGAAGUUGUUCCCCGGAUCUGACGUUUACGACGUCCCCAUCUACCUGCUCGCAACGGCCACUGGCGUUGCCGGCAUGCGCCUCAAGAAUGACACCGAGGACGAGCAAAUCUGGGACGCGGUGAAAGCGGUUUGGGCCGACAAUGGCAUGCGGCUCAAGGAAGCAAUGACGAUUCCUGGCGAUACUGAGGGCAUCUACGGCUGGCAGGCGUUGAAUUACGCUCUUUCCUCGGGCGCGAACGACACGGCAGGCUGGAUCGACAUCGGAGGGGCGAGCACCCAGAUCACGUAUGUUGCAACACAUCCGCGCGUGCUUGAGCACGGCUACCCCAAUACCCCUCUGAACCCAAGCGCCAUCCCCGCAAAGCCAAUGAAGCAGCUCUUCUCGCGGUCGUACAUGCGCCACGGGCAGGACCAGGCGCGAUGGAUGAUGCACUUGAUGCUGAAGGCGGCCGACCCUUUUGGUGCUGGGCAGAGCGGGGGUGUCACAGGUGGAUCGGAUCGUGGGGUGGCGCGCAAGAACCCCCAUAUCCAUAUCGUCGGCGGGGUGGCGCUGCCCCCAUAG